CCAUGGCGCCAUAGAGGAUUAAUUCGCCCCAACCUCGACUCUUCCCAAAAAUUGUUCAACACUACACAACAAAACUUUGUCUCGGUAGUCAACCGAACCCUACAAGGAUACCUUGAUCGAAACCUCUCCAUACACAAACUCCAUCUCUACUUUCGUAGACAAACCUCUCCAUACACAAACUCACGACCGUCCAUCUCCCUUCUCGACAAAUGGAUCGCGAUAAUAGUCGUCUUGAACAUAAAAGUGCUCAAGCUCGACUUUCUAGCAUAUAGUUCGGAGUAUUACGACCUGCCCUCGGGGGUCUUCUUAGCCGAGUGCCUUGAAGAACUACACCUGAGCAAAUGCAGGCUGAGCCCGGCCGAGAGCGUGCGGUUUAAAAGUUUGCGCAAGCUCACCCUCGAACUGGUCCAAGUUGAUGACGGGACUUUAGAGACUAUAACGUUGGGCUGCCCUUUGCUCAGGCGCCUCGUCAUUCAUGAUUGUCGGGAGUUGAGAAACGUUAGGCUGAGCAAGGCGGCAUCGCCUGGGCUCAAGCACUUUAAAUUGUGUGAUUCCAUGUGGAUCGAAGGACGUAACAUUGAAAUUGAUGUUCCGAAUCUUGAGACAGGAGGCACUCGGCAAGAGGCUGAUGGAUUACACGGGUGCAAAGAGUGUGCUUUGCCCCUAAGACCACCAUGGCGCAACAGAGGAUCAACUCGCCCCAACCUCGAUUCUUCCCAAAAAUUGUUCAACACUCCACAACAAAACUUUGUCUCGGUCGUCGACCGAACCCUACAAGGAUACAGUGAUCAAAACCUCUCCAUACACAAACUCCAUCUCGACUUUCCGAGCCCCGACUCACGACCGGUCAUCUCCCUUCUCGACAAAUGGAUCCCGAUGAUACCCGCCCUCAACAUAAAAUCGUUCAAACUCAACUUUCGUUCAUUUACUCUGCCAUAUUACAGUCUGCCCUCGGCAGUGUUCUUAGCCGAGUCCCUCGAAGAACUACACCUGCAAAAAUGCAGGGUGAGCCCCGUCGAGAGCGUGCGGUUCAAACAUCUGCGCACACUCACACUCGAACACGUCCAAGUUGAUGGCGGGACUUUCGAGACGAAAAUGUUGGGCUGCCCUUUGCUCAGGCGCCUUGUCAUUAAUAUUUGUAGGGAGUUGAGGAACGUUAGGCUGAGCAAUGCGCCUGGGCUCAAGCACUUUGCAUUGAUUGAUUUCAAGAUUAUUGAAGGGCGUAGCAUCGAAAUCGAUGUCCCGAAUCUCGAGACAUCAGUCAGUCAUAACCUUGCA